UCUCUCAGCCUACUGCCUACCCUUGGAUAAUUUUCACCGAAAUCUCUCAGCCUACCCCCCAAAUCCCUUGUCCCCCCCCCCCCCCAAACCCCCAUUCCUACACCACCUGUUCUUCGAUCCCGCCAUCACUCUCUUACUCUCUCCAGUCUUCACUCCACUUGUAGAAGCCUUUUUCUUCUUCUCCAAUCCACCCAUUCGGCUGACACAGCUCUCUCUCACUCUUGUCUCUCCACCAGAGCACCAGAGACUCAGCAACCCAGUUUCUUGCUGUAAAAAUAGUUGCAUAAGAAGAAUGGAGCAUCAAGUCAUCAGUCAGGGGUCUUCAAAUGAGGAAGACACUUCUACUGAGGGCAGUGGUGCUGGGACAGAAUGUGUGUUGGACUACACUAAUGAAUUCACAACUGAUGAGAUAUUUAAGAGUAGAGACGCAUUGGUUGAGUGGACUCGUGAUCAAGGAAAUAGCAACGGUUUGGUGAUUAUUAUCAAGAACUCGGAUGCAGGAGGAGCUGGUAAUAAGAAACCCCGAAUAAAAUUCGGUUGUGAAAGGGGUGGUGUUUAUAAAAGGAAGAUUGAUGAAAAUGUCCAUAAGAAAAGGCGUCUUAGGAGUAGUGGUACGAAAAAGUGUGGAUGCCCAUUUCUAUUGAGGGGUGUGAGCUUGGGUGAUAAUGAUGAGUGGAAAUUGGAGGUGGUAUGUGGAGUUCAUAACCACCAUGCUGCAAAGUCCAAUGCAAGGAGAUUAUCCGAAGAAGAGAAAGCAUUGUUGGUAGACAUGUCCAAGAGUUUGGCCAAACCCAAGGAUAUAUUGCGCACAAUUAAACAAAAAGAUGGACUCAAUGAAACAACAAUGAAAACAAUUUAUAAUGUCAGACAAAGGUUGAAGUUGAAAGAGAAUGUUGUGAGAUCGCAGAUGCAUGUAUUGCUAAGUAAGUUAUCUGACCACAAUUAUAUUGAGUGGCAUAGAAGCUCAAAUGAUAGUAAUAUUGUGAAGGAUCUGUUUUGGACCCACCCUGUUAGUGUAGACAUCUUACGUGCAUUCCCUCAUGUCCUAAUCAUGGAUUGCACGUGCAAGACAUAUUCUUUUCCGCUUUUAGAGAUUGUAGGGGUGACAUGUACUAACAUAACCUUCUCAGCUGCAUUUGCUUACCUUGAUGCUAAGAAUGAAGACAAUUACACAUGGGCUUUGAGUAGAUUAAGGACUAUGUUGGAUGAACAUUGUCUUCCUACAGUCAUUGUCAUGGACAAUGACUUGCCACUCAUGACUGCCAUCCAUAGUAUUUUUCCUAGUGCCCGACAUUUUUUGUGCAGAUUACAUAUUAGCAAAAAUGUGUUGGCGAAAUGUAAAGGCAUGUUUGAAGGUAAAGAUCAGUUGGAGAAGUUCAUGAUGAGUUGGAAUAUGUUGGUGUUAUCGGAGACGGAGCAUGAGUAUCUGAAACGUUUGGCUGAGCUUGAUUAUUAUUUUGGUAGAUAUCCACAUGCACUUGAAUAUGUGAAGAACACUUGGUUGAAUGAGUAUAAAGAGAGAUUUGUGUCUGUAUGGACAGAUACAUGUAUGCAUUUUGGUCACACGACAUCAAAUAGGGUUGAAGGUGCAAGUGCAAAACUGAAACAACUACUUGGCAACAGCCGAGGUAGUUUUGAAACAUCUUGGGAAAAGAUUCACUCCUUGUUAGAGUUGCAACACUUAGACAUCAAGGUAUCACUUGAGAAGUGUUUGACCAUCAUCCAACACAAUUUCAUGCAUGAUGAAUUGAAGGAGUUGCGAGGAUUUGUAUCUACCGUUGCUUUGAAUAUAAUUGUUUGUGAGUCGAAGAAAGUCAAUUCGGUGGGGUUAGAUUCUUCGUCAUGUGGUUGCACCAUUCGACGCACACAUGGGUUGCCAUGUGCGCAUGAGAUUGCAGAAUACAGACAGACUAGUAGCCCUAUUCCUCUUUACUGUGUUGAUCCUCAUUGGAGGAAAUUGGAUUUACUGUACUCCCCGAAAAAUAGUGACCACGCAACUGACAUAAUUACACAAAUGUAUACGAUCUUACAUCAGUGGAUGGAUAGCAAUGAGGACACCAGGAGACAUAUUAGUCUGAAGUUGGAGGAGAUUAUGAAUAUGGAGUCAAUGCCCCUUACCAAGCCUAAAGAACAACCAAGUAGAAUUGACACUACUACUCGUUGCAAUCUUUCUGCCUUUGAGUUGGCCUUGUCCUGUCGAGUCAGUCAUUCACCAGUUGACACAGUUGCUACCACAUCCCACUCGGAGAAACCAAAGAGGCGUCCUCCCAAGAUGAAGGUGACGGUAAUUGUGGUUAUCGAGUCAUAGCCGGGUUGAUGGGUUUUGGAGAUGAUGCUUGGAGCAAGGUACGCAGAGAUUUGUUGAAUGAGUUGUGCUCUCAUGAAACACAAUAUGA